AUGUACGGCGUCCUUACUUUUCUCAAGGUCUUUCAUAUGGUACCUCGCUUGCCCAACGAAAGCCACUACUUGUUCAAGCACUGCUUGCUGUCCAUGGCAGACGCGUUCUUUUGCCAGGUGCCAGUGCACAAGAUUUACCUUGCCCAGGUCAUAGACGCUGCCCUACGUUCCAUUGUGUGGCGCCUCUACGACGUGCUGCCGGGGGCUCCCAUGCCGGUGGUAACCCUCGUGUCGCUGACGUGGCAGGCCUGGAUCGUGGUGUUCAGUUCCAUGCUACAGGCACGUCAUGUCACCACGUAUCGGCGGCUGAUACAGGCACCGCAGCGGCUGCAGCAGUCGCAGGAAAUAUCGGCGGCUGCGGCUGCAGGAGGCAGUGAUGCAAAGGCGGAGAUGACGCCGAGCAGAGCCUCGAGCGGCAGCUUGGUUUCGCCAGCGGCACCAACCAGCAGUGGCGUAUCUGCCGCGUUAGCCAGCGUUAGUGAACGGCAGCCGCAUGCUCAGCAGCAAUGGCAGCAGCCAAUGCCGCAGGGGCAGCAGCAGCACCAGCAGCACCCCUCGGCAUCGGCGCCGCUACUGUGCAGCCCGCCCGUGGAGCACCUCCCGCCGGGACACCUCUCCGGCUCCACCACCGUGACCAGCACCACCACCGCCACCAAUACGGUAUCAGACCUAAGCCCGGACACCAGCCCGCCUUUUGGCGUGGUGUUCCUCCCACAGAACUGCGACCAAAUGCUGGUGUCUCGCUGCAGCAGCACUAGCACACGCACGCGCUCGGGUCUCAGCUCCGCCACGAGCAUCCCAUAUCGUGUCAUAGCGGCCAGCAGCGGCAUCGCAAUUGACCCUGACGCCGUCGCUGAUGCAGAAACGACGCCAGUGGCCUGGCCCGAGGAGGAGGAGGAGGAGCUGCAAUUGCUUAGUCGGACGGAGGGGAUAGGGCCUGUCUAUGGUGGCGGCAGAGGCAGCAACGGAAUCGGUGGCGGCGGUAUGCGAUAUGGGGACUACACGACGGCGGGGAGGGGCGCAGGAAGGGGGAGGGCGGUAGUGCCAGCAGGAGAAAAGGUGGGAAGGGAGGAAGUGAUGGAGGAGGAGGAGGACGACGGCGAUGACUACCGGGCGCCUAUACCCAUGCUGUCCACUGUGGAAAUUUUGGAGGGGUCUUCGGGACAGCUAGCGCCGCUGGAGGAUGAGGCGAGGCUAGGAACUGGCUGUACUGGAGAGUCGGUAAGGGAAGCCACUGUCGCCAUCGCCCCUGCUAGCUCUACGACUACCGCCAAUGCUACCGUCACGUACCGUCGACCUCGCCGCGUGGCCUCCGUCGGCGGCCUCGUGGCAUCCACCCCCGCCGCCGCCGCUGCUCCUUUCGCCAAUUUAUCGUUGGAGGCCAGAGUCACGGACGUCAAGUCACCGGGCACAAUGGCGGCGGCCGCGGCCGCGUCGUCGUCGCCGCAGCUGCAGCCGCAGCCGCCGCGGCCCGCAGCGGAGGCCCUGUCGUCAGUUGAGUUGACGGCGUUGAUUCCUCGCGGACUGGGACAACGCGCUGGCAGUUGUCGAUCGCGUCAGUCCGAGGCGGCGCUGCGGCGGCUGAUGCGCGGGCCGUCCAGCUAUGUGCUGCUGUCCAAGCAGCGGGAACGGGACCAGAACGUCCGCCCCACCUCAACCAGCGUGCAGCUCGUGGUGACUAACGCGGAGCCGCACCAGCUGGGACCUCAGUGGCGGAACAAGCUGGCGACGGCCAUGGCUGAGAGCGUCCCCGGCUGGCACCUCGCCAACGUGUCAGUCCGCCAGGGCUCCCUCAUCGUCCACUUGGAUCUGGUCUACCAACCAGUGGCGGCGGGCGGGCGGGCGGGCGGGCGACCCUCCAUGGGGGAUCUCCCGCCCGCUAGCGCUAAUGAUUUUAUCUCCGUACAACACGGUGGCAGGAUGUUAAAAUUCAGCUAUAAUGCCCCACCGUGGUCCACCACCGGCGAGAUCGAGUCCGGCGCGGAGUCGGUCAGACCCGUGGUGUCGGAAUCUGGAAGAAGCCGCAGCGGCAGCGGCGUGAGGCUGCGACGGCGGCAUGGCGGCGGCCAGGCCGCGACGGCGCCGGCUGCUGCUGCGGCGGCGGCGGUCGCCGCUGUCGCGACCAUCCUCUUCAACGCUUCCCGCCGCAACGCCGCCGCCUUGUACGACGCCGUACUGCUGGCGCUGAGCCCGCCACCGCUGCUUGCCACCCGCGACUACGUCGCCUUCCUUCACGCGCGCGUUGGCCUCCUCCACAUCGCCUACGCCAAUCUGAUGGCCGUAACUAUGCUCAUCUUUUAUGCGUGGCACCGAGGCAAGGGCCUGAGGCUGACCAAUAUCUUGUGUUUUAUGGCUCCGGAGUUGCUGACGGUGGCGGGUGGCGCCGUGGCGAGCGGCAGCAGUGGCGGCGGAUGGGCGGCCGUACGGACGCCGCUAGUGCACGUGGGCGUGGCGCUGCGCGGCAUCCUGACGCUCGGGACGUCUGUGGGCGUCAUGCCGCUGGUGUCGCAGGUGCAUGCGGGGAUGGCACCACGGGGACGGCAAGUGCAGUUGUCCACCGGGGCGGAUGACUGUGCGGGUAUGCGCUGGAUUAUGAAGAUGAUGCUCAUCUCCACGCUGCAAGUCCUGUGCAUGCAGACGCCCGUACGGCUUGCCUUUGCUGUGCGGCUUCUUCCCCUGGCGGGCGCCAUCACGUCACACCUGCUGCUGUGUCACCCGGAGAGCCCCUACCUGGACGGUCUGGCGCUGCACCUGGGCUGGGAGGCGGCGCUGUUCCUGCUGGCGGCGUCCAUGCAGGCGUCCUCCUGUUUCUCCUUCAUGAACUCAAGCUCCGUCAGCACCAAGGCCGCUGCAGCGGCAGCCGCAGCCUCCACCUCCAUCGGCUGCGACGGCGGCAGUAGCUCCAAGUCCCGUUCGUCAGGCGGCGGCCGCGUCGCCGCCGCCGCCGCUGCCGCGGCGGCAGUGAUGGCGAGCGGCAGCAACGCCUCCACCAUUACCGGCUUCUUGACCGCCGCGGCCGGCGACAAGAGCUCGGCGAUGCCGAUAUCGGUGGUUGAGGAGCUCCAGGUCGUACUGCGCCACAUCUCCCCCGCCUCCAUGGCAAGCGGCGUGCACGCCGCCAGCCCCGCAACCGUCAUUACCCGGACCCUGGCAGCUCCCGCCGCCGCCCACGUACAGCGGCCCCCUGGAGCACCGUUGCAAUUCGACGCCGAGCUCACGAUGGUUGCGGCAACCCAGGACGCCCCGGGCGUCGUACACGUGGAGCUUUGGCGUAGACACCGGCGGCUGGCGGCGCGGCCGGUGCUGCUGACGGCGGUGGCGCCGCCGCCACCGCCGCUGCAGGUAAAGGAGGCGGCUCUGACGGCGGCGUCGACGGCUGCGGCGGGUCAGGGUGCUGAUCUGCCCCAUUGGUUACAGGAUGUGGUGUCCUACCUGGGAACAGUCAACUCUGAAGGUCAUGCCUCUGCUGCCGACCAGUUUGUGGAAGAGCUCGGUGGCUGGCUCGCACAGCUGGCGGCCUUUCAGCGGGGACUCACGGCCACACCGGAUGGAUCCGGAACCCUUUGCGCCGGCGCCGCCGCGGCGCAGCGCAUCACCCGAGUGCUGCGAGUGCACAACGCCAGGCCAGCGCCGAGGCCGGCGCCGGCCACCGCAGGCGACGGCAGCCGCGGCGGCGGGGCCCAGCCGCCGCAGCCGCGCCAGGGUCCUGGCGGCAGUGGCGGGACGGCUGCGGCACCGGAGGAGAAGGAGGAGGUUGGGGCCUCAGGAUUAUCACCUCCGGUACCCCGCCCGCCACCUGACCCUGCAUCGGCUACCAUUCGGCAGUUGCUGCUGUGCCAGGGCCAGGGGUUACUGGCGGUGGCAGUCGAGGCGGGCUGUGUGGCGCUAGCGGAGCACCUGUUGGGGUUGCUGCUGGGGCCGCUGGGGGCGGAAACAGCGGCGGCGUUGGAGUCGGCGGUCACACCGGUGACGGGGCUGCCGCUGUUGCACGCGGCGGUCAAGAGCGGCUGCACUGAGAUGGUGGACGUGGUGGUAGGCUGGCAGACCCGUGCUGGCGUUGAUGAGAUAUGGGCCAGGGAGGCUGUCGUACGCGCCGUGAGUCUGGAGCCGCGCGUCCAGGGCUGUGGCUUACGACGAGGUGCCUCCACGACCACACAUCUCACCAGCCCGAGCUUCGUGGCGGCCGUCGGUGGCUUCGCUGUGGCCGGAUCAACUGCAGCGGCGACGGUGAUGGCGACGGCGGCACCGCCGCCGCCGCUGCAGCCGCAGCCGCCACUCUCUGAACCGGAUGCAACGGUCACAGCUGCGGCGAUGGUGGCAGAGCCGCAGCCGUCACCGUCGCCGCCAGAGCGACAGCACCAGCUCCUGUUCAUGACUGCGUGCGACAGCGACGUUGACGAUGCAGCCGCGGUGGCCGAGAGCGGACGAGAGCCCGAUAAGUUGACGUCGGUGCCGUUGGGGUUGCAACAUUUGCCGAAGGGCCGGCUAUCCGACGGCAGCGAUGUCAGCUUGACGGGGUCUUUCCUGCUAGAAACAAUCCGGCAGUCCCCACCCCACAGUGUGGCAGCACCGUCAGUGCCAUCGCUAACACGACCGCCACAGCAGCAGCCAGAUGCAGCUGGGCGGCAGCAGCCAGCGCCGGCAGUUCCGAUUCCGCGCUCAUCAAAUCGCACGGCAUCGCACCCGGCGGACGAGGGGGCCAUGGCGGUGGUUGCCGCCCGCUCCACCUUUACGGCUGUCGCCGCCGCCACUAUCGCCGCCGCAUACACGUCGACAGGUGUCUCCGUGGCUGCGGCCGUUGCCGCCGCGGACCUGGCGCCGCCGCCGGGCCAGAAGCCGGCCGUCGGGCUGUCCGCGCCUUUCAAGGUGGUGUGCCUUCGCCCCGAAACCACUGAUGCGUCAAGUGCCGUACAGGUGCUUCCGCGCAAUGCCCGCGACGCCAAGGAACCGGUGGCGACGGCGGCGGCCGACGGGUUCAUGCACCAACCGCUUUAUGAUGCACGGGUUACGAACGCUCUCCAUUACGGUGGCGGCAGCGAAAUUUCCGCCGCGUUCCCGACGCAGAACCGCAUGGCCUUGUUCGCGGCGGGGCCGGCGGCGGCACCGUUCGUAUCGACCGCUGUGGCGGAUCUGGAGAAGGGCCGGCUAAUGUGCUCGAGCGCAGCGGCAGUCGGUAGCGGUGGUGGUAAUGGUGGCGGGGGUGGAGGCACGGAAGCCGAGAGGGCUUCAUUCGAGUCUCAGUGGACGCUUGUGGAUGGCGGCGUGCUGCUGCUGACGCCUUUGCAUGUCGCCUUGGCGCUUGAUGACGAGGGCCGGGUUGCAACCCACAUAUUGGCCAAGUAUCCAGAGGCGCAUGAUAUAUAUAGCGCCAACCAAGCGCAAUGGCUUGCCACCGGGGCCGACAACGUAGGAGGCAAUUCGGCCCUGGACUCAAGCGCCAUGGCGAGCCCAUUUGACGCGAGGCCACUCCUGCCCGUCGGCAUCCCGUUCCGGCGCGGCAGCAGCGCCGCCAACGCCACGGCGACCAGUGCGGUCAUAGCGAUGCAGUCCCACGCUGCCCACGCACGCCACCGGAUCAGCGGUUUUGGAGGCUGUGGCGGCUCCUCGGCGGCCGUAACGGCGGCGCCCGGCGGCGAGCGUACAACGCCCCGUGGCUGGCUGCCGAUGAGCGGACGUGCGCGGAACGGCCAUGAGGAGGGUGCGAACGGCUAUGGGGGUGGCGGCCCCGACGGUGGCGGUCUUCCGUCGCCACCGCUGGGAUUUCUGGGUGCGAUUCAGGAUGUGGAGCGUGAAGAUGAGGCUGUCCAGUCGCUGUCACUCGCAAAGGUCGCAUUCUUGGAAGGGCUGCGAAAGACAGUACCCGGCGGUAAUCUGCUGGAGAAGGGGUCUGACGACGGCAACGGCAACGGUGGCGAUGUUACACUAAAACCAUAA